AUGGUUGACAUGUGGGGACUGACUGGCUGUCUCCUAAAGACAUGCAAACAUGCCGCUCUGGGCUACGGUGCAGAUGCGUCCCUCAGCCACGGGAAACAGCUCUGCUCCUCUCCACUCUGCCACCAGCUCCAGUCCCAGGCCACAUCACCCAGAGCCAGCGCUGUGCCUCCUCAGCUAGACCCCUUCAGCGAAGCGUGCGUGGAGAAUGAGCAAACGCCACGCACAAAAGAUGGACGCGCCUCGGACCGCGACUCGGGUGCCAACGGGCAGGUGCGCUGCAGCCUCCGCGGCCACGACCACUUUGCCCUGCAGCGCGCCUACGAGGACAGCUACAUGAUCGUCACCACGGCAGCGCUGGACCGCGAGCGCAUCCCCGAGUACAACCUCACUGUGGUGGCCGAGGACUUGGGCUCGCCGCCCUUCAAGACUGUCCGCCAGUACACAGUGCGGGUGAGCGAUGAGAACGACAACGCGCCGCUCUUCGCCAAGCCCCUCUACGAGGUGGCCGUGCCGGAGAACAACCCCCCCGGUGCCUACAUCACCACCGUGGCGGCCCGCGACCCUGAUCUUGGCCACAACGGUAAGGAGGUCCCCUCCCGUCUCCAAGAGACACGGGUCAUGGGGCCCCCCAUCUCCCCCUACGUCUCGGUGGACCCCGCCACUGGGGCCAUCUAUGCCCUCAGGACGUUCAACUACGAGAUCCUCAAGCAGUUGGACCUGAGGAUCCAGGCCACUGAUGGUGGCUCCCCGCAGCUCUCCAGCAGCACCCUUGUCAAAGUGAGGAUGGUGGACCAGAAUGACAACCCUCCUGUCAUCGUCCACCCGGUGCUCACCAAUGGGACGGUGGAAAUUGGUGUGUCCAGCAAGACCUCCCGCGACUCCCUGGUGGCCCAGAUCAAAGCUCGAGACGCAGACGACGGGGCCAAUGCCGAGCUCACCUUCGCCUUCCUGGAAGAGCCCCAGCAGGAUGUUUUCACCAUCAACCCGAGUACCGGGGACAUCGUGCUGAGGGGCGACCUCUCUGAAGAGCUGGGACAGCUGUUCAAGGUCAUCCUCACUGUGACAGACAACGGCUGACCCCCCCUGGCCACGACUGCCACCGUCAACUUCCUGGUGACCGCCACUGCUCCUUCCAGUAUCCAGGAGAUAGCCAAGCCCAGCUCCUGGGAAGGAAAGGCUUUGCAAUGGGACAUCCCUCUGAUCGUGAUCAUCGUCCUGGCGGGCAGCUGCACCCUCCUCCUGGUGGCUAUAAUCACCAUCGCCACCACCUGCAACAGGCGCAAGAAGGGGAACGAGAUGAAAAACAACGCUUCCUUGAAGGAGCAGAUAGACAUCUCCCACCUGGAGAAGGGCCGGCAGGAGGACGGCAGCCAGAGGGGGAACGUGUUCGAGGUACGAACCUUUCCCAGCAAAACCUCUUUCACCAGCCCCGAUCCCUCUCCGGCUGCCGAAGAGAUCUCCACUGCCGAGAGCAGCAGCGACAGCGCUUGCCUCUACGAGGGUCAGAAGAGGCUCAGAGGACCGAGCGGGGAGGUGCUGGUUCCUCUCGUAACGACAGGUUUCUCCCCUCUCUCUCGCUCUUUAGGUCUGUGGGCAUGCACAGCCGAGUGCAAGAUCCUGGGCCACUCAGACCGCUGCUGGAGCCCCUCCUGCGGCCGAGCCACCCCUCACCCCCCUCCCCAUCCUUCUGCACCCCUUUCCACCUUCUGCAAGAGCACGUCCUUGCCCAGGGAUCCCCUCCGCAGGGACAACUUUUACCAAGCCCAGCUGCCCAAGACGGUGGGCCUGCAGAGCGUCUACGAGAAAGUGCUGCACAGGGACUUUGACCGGACGAUCACGCUGCUCUCCCCGCCGCGCCCCGCGCGGCUCCCCAACCUCCAGGAGAUCGGGGUGCCUCUCUACCCAGCCCCCUCGACUAGGUACCUGGGUCCCCAGACUGACACGGCUGACAAAGUGUAG